UGAUAGAAAGAGGUAAUUGUACAUUUGCAGAAAAAAUUCAAAUAGCAGGCAGAAGAAAUGCUGAUGCUGUUGUGAUUUACAAUGGUCCGGAGACUGAGAACCAGACGUUACAGAUGGCAAAUUUCGAGAAUUAGUAAACAGCCUGCUUAAACACCAACCACCUACCCAAAUUCUCUUGACUGCAACUCAGACUCUUCAGAUCUGAGCUUUUUAGAAGUACUUUCGAGUUCCGGCACCUUAAGCGUGAAAUGCCCUGUAGUCAAACGUUCUGAGGGAAACAUAUAUUCUUGCAAUUCAAAACGGACUUGAAUCCUACCAGCGAGCUUUUCUGUUGGUCGAUUCUAUAGUUCCUCGCCUGCCCAUUUUUCAUAAAACGACACGCCACACCUGACCGACCACACAACCACCGAUCCUAUUCUAACGCCGGCCCAUCCUGUUACCCUUUUAAGAGGCGGAUCCCGCAGUGUCCUUUCCCCCCUCCCAGCCACCUCUACCCCCAGUCGGCUGGGCGGAGCUUCGCGCUAAAGCCCCGGAGCCCGACGCGGCCGCGGCAGUGGCGAGGAGGACUGGAGCUGCGAAGAGCUGCAGCUGCGGCGGCGGCAUCUCCAGCGACUUACGUGACUCUCAGCUCCGACCCCGCUCGCCGCGCGUGCCAGUCUCUCCCCGCCCCCUCCCCACCUGGCGCGCACCUGGUCAAGGCCAGGGUCCCGCCGAGAGCCAGGAGGGCGCGUGCCAGGGGCCCGAGGGGACCGCAGAGCGCGCGCGCCAUGGGGCCGCCGCCCGGGGCCGGGGUCUCUUGCCGCGGUGGCUGCGGCUUUUCCCGAUUGCUGGCCUGGUGCUUCCUGCUGGCGCUGAGUCCGCACGCCCCGGGCUCCCGGGGAGCCGAAGCGGUGUGGACCGCGUACCUCAAUGUGUCCUGGCGGGUUCCACACACCGGAGUGAACCGCACCGUGUGGGAGCUGAGCGAGGAGGGCGUGUACGGCCAGGAUUCGCCGCUCGAGCCCGUGGCUGGGGUACUGGUACCGCCCGACGGGCCGGGGGCGCUCAACGCCUGCAACCCGCACACAAAUUUCACGGUGCCCACCGUCACGAGGGACUGGGGCAGCAGCGUGCAAGUCUCCUGGUUGGCCCUCAUCCAGCGCGGCGGGGGCUGCACCUUCGCGGACAAGAUCCAUCUGGCUUACGAGAGAGGGGCGUCUGGAGCCGUCAUCUUUAACUUCCCGGGGACCCGCAAUGAGGUCAUCCCCAUGUCUCACCCGGGUGCAAGAGACAUUGUGGCAAUCAUGAUUGGCAAUCUGAAAGGCACAAAAAUUCUGCAAUCUAUUCAAAGAGGCAUACAAGUAACAAUGGUCAUUGAAGUAGGGAAAAAACAUGGCCCUUGGGUGAAUCACUAUUCAAUUUUCUUCGUUUCUGUGUCCUUCUUUAUUAUUACGGCAGCAACUGUGGGCUAUUUUAUCUUUUAUUCUGCUCGAAGAUUACGGAAUGCAAGAGCCCAAAGCAGGAAGCAGAGACAAUUAAAGGCAGAUGCUAAAAAAGCUAUUGGAAGGCUUCAACUCCGUACACUGAAACAAGGAGACAAGGAAAUUGGCCCUGAUGGAGAUAGUUGCGCUGUGUGUAUUGAACUAUAUAAACCAAAUGAUUUGGUGCGCAUCCUAACCUGCAACCAUAUUUUCCAUAAGACAUGUGUUGACCCAUGGCUGUUAGAACACAGGACUUGCCCCAUGUGCAAAUGUGACAUACUCAAAGCUUUGGGAAUUGAGGUGGAUGUUGAAGAUGGAUCAGUGUCUUUACAAGUCCCUGUAUCCAGUGAAACAUCCAAUAGUGCCUCUCCUCACGAAGAGGAUAAUCGCAGUGAGACUGCAUCGUCUGGUUAUGCUUCAGUUCAGGGAGCAGAUGAACCACCUUUGGAGGAACAUGUGCAGUCAGCAAAUGAGAAUCUGCAGCUGGUAAACCAUGAAGCAAGUUCCAUUGCAGUGGAUGUUGUUCCUCAUGUUGUCAACCCAACCUUUGAAGAAGAUGAAAGUCCUGAUCAAGAGACUGCUGUUCGAGAAAUUAAAUCAUAAAAUCUGUGUCAAUAGAAAACUUGAACCUUUAGUGAUAACAGAACUGCCAAUCAGGGCCUAGUUUACUAUUAAUGAACUGGAUAAACUUAAUAAAAUAAGAAUGAUACUGAAAGUGCUGAGAUGACUAAUAUUAUGCUAUAGUUAAAUGACUUAAAAUAUUUAACCUAUUAACUUUUUUCCACAAACUCAUUAUAAUGUUUUUCAUAGGCAAGUUUCCUCUCAAUAGUGGUAGCAACAUUUUUAAACAUUCAAAACUCUCAUCAAGUGGUCAUGUUUUUCAUUUAUAACAAUUUUCUUAUAAAAACAUGUUGCUUUUAAAAUGUGGAGUAGCUGUAAUCAUUUUAUUUUAUGAUAGUAUCUUAAUUAAAAAUACUACUACUUUAGCUUGGGCUAUAUGUGUCAGGGUUUUUCUCUAGGUGCUUAUAUUGAUCUGGAAUUGUAAUGUAAAAAGCAAUGCAAACUUAGGCUAGUACUUCAUGAAAUGUCUAUUUAAGCUACAUUAAGUUGAUAGAACAAGGUUAAAGCAAAAUAUUCAUUUUAACUAUUUCUUGUUUUUAAAAUUAGGCUAAAUGUACUUCAUGUGAGUGUCAAGCAUAGUUUAUCAGAGAAUAUGGACUGGACUGGAUUGAUUGGUAUAUUAGUGACACCAAUUUGACAAAAGAUUAUAGACAAAAACUUUCCUAACAAAAAUGCUGUAUGACUAUUUCUCAAACUUAGAGGAUUUUCAAAAGCAGAGUAUAUAAAUCAUCAUACUGCUUGAAAAUGAUUAUGAAUAAGUCACCCCAAAAUUGAUAAUUGAUCUUUGUGUAUGAACUUCUCUACAGAAGUUAGUCUGUAGAAAAUGUUGUCCAAACAAUGUUGACUUUGAAAAAUGAGUUUACAUUUUACCUCAAUGGGCUAAAAUAACAUUAGGUAAACUAAAAUUCUGUCCAUGUAGCUAUAAAUUUCGUGAAUGCAUUUUCUUGGUGUUUGAAAAAGAAUUGGGGGGGGGGAAUUCCAGGUGCCUUAAUAUAAAGUUUGAAGCUUCAUCCACCAAAGUUAAAUAGAGCUAUUUAAAAAUGCACUUUAUUUGUAUUCUCUGUGGCUUAUCUUUGAUUUUAGAGUUGUUUCCAGUGCAAAUUCCAGCAGAAUUUAGGCAAAAGCAGAAUAGACAUGUAUUUUUGUUGGCUAAAUGUAGAAUGGAUGAACCAUUGCAUUCUUGUACACUGAUUUGAAAUGCUGUAAAUAUGUCCCGAUUUGUAUUGAUUCUCUUUAAAUAUAAAGUGUAAAUAAAAUAUUCCAAUAAA